AUGCGCGGGUCUGCGUUGGGAGUUGUAGUCACCAUAAAUGAGGGAUUUUUCUUCCAGAUUUUGCUGCCUUUAAGGCGAAGAGAGGAGGGGAGCGCACCUCCGGCAGCGCUGCCGCCCGAGCCCUGCCCGUCGCGGCGAGCGGGCACCGCAGGGACGAAGAGGAGAUGCCGGGGGGAGCCGGGCGCUCCCCACCUUUCACUCAUAGCCGCAGAGAGAGCGAGGGAGAGAAAAUUGCCCCAGACCAGGCAGCAAAAUGCUGGGUUUAGAAGACUGCGAGCCAGUUUCCUGCAUACUUCUAUAAUUAAUUUGCGUGCGGAGAUCAAAGAUCCGAGGGCGAAGGAAAUAAUUGAUUCUGCCAGAAAACGCUUCCCUGGCGCAGCCCACGGUCAGCCGCCACCCACGGCAGGUGCGGUGCUGUCCUGUUCCCCCACCCUGCACGGUGGGUGCCCGUCCUGCUCCCCCGCACCGAGUCCCCUGAGCACACCCGGUGGGCAAACACCCUCCCGAGGCAGCGGCGCUCGAGUCCCUCCAUCCUCAAUAAAAACGAAGCAGGCUGUGACGAUGAGACGGGUCCAGGCUGAAACUCCACUCGCUGUGUUUAUUUUGUGCAAUUCGAUGCAGGCCCUCUCAUUUCAGCUGUUUGAAACGAUGUGUCACUAGGAAGAGGUCACAGGUGACUGGCAAGUUCAACCUACUUAGCUCAAUUAUCCAAGUUUCAUUUUCAAAUUGUGUUCAAUUUGAUCUUCCUGCUUCCCUCCAAAUUAUCUCAGAGAAAAAAAAAGAAAUCAAAUGAAAGCAGACAAUUUAAGCCAAAUCCUGUAUACCAUUAUUUAUAUGCAAAACCAUUUUUGUGAUAUAUACUCCCCUUAAUGACUAUGGAAUGCCAGAUCUUUCCAAGUGAAUUUACAAACCUAGCCAUCAAAUUAUUUCAAAGGCAGGCCUAUUAGGAACAAAAAUAAUUAUGAACUUUCAGAAGCUUUGUAAAAACAUAAGUUUCUGAAUGUUGUCUCUUUAAAUUUUUCUUAAGUUUGUUUUUAAUUUAAGCCUGGAGGCACAGUAGAGAGAUAUGCAGAGUUUAAUAAGGAGUUUGGAAAAUAAUGUGCUGUAAUCCAGUUCUGAGCUACUUCUCCAUAAAAUAUGGAUAAGGAAUCAAUUCAUAUGUGCAAAUAUCUACUAGGAUGGAGUUUUAACAAACAUUUCACAUGAGCAUUCUUAUAUGUAUUAUUAAGGAGAUAACAAAAGUGCUUCAAAUCAAGCCCUGUACAGUCACAUCUGGAAAUAGUCUUUUCUGUCUAAUUUUCAUUUUUUUCUCUCAAAAAAAGUUAGAAGAAAAACUAGUCUCUCUCCUUGUAUAUUAAUUGUUACCAUCAGCUUUUAAUCAGCAACAUGUAUAGUUAGAUUUACAGAAUUCAUUCCAUGUUGCCCCUUUAGAGAACAGUAAAAUGAAGAUAGUAUCUUUAUUCAUUUAUAGAACCUGAUGUUAAAACCAAACCCACACACAAAGAGCACAUACAUUGCUCUAUGCAUAUAGACAGCCAUGUAGAUACAUAGACACAACACACUUAUACAUGGAAACGAGUCAUGACCGUGUGUUGGAAAACAUAAUAAAAAGUAUCUGUGCAUUUCACCACAUCCUGAGUCAGACAUCAUCAGAUAAGGAGAAACCUAGGGAAAACUAGGUUAUAAUCAGACACAGGUAGUUUCUGAAAGUAUUGGAUCCACAGCAAGUCUUGCUGUAUGGUGCUUAAGCACAAUUUUAAAGAAAGCUUUUUAAUCAAGUAAAGCAUUACAUGAAGGAAAGAAGGGUAAAUAAACUCCCCUCAGGUUGCAAAGGGUUGGUAUAAUUUUGGUUAUUCUUUUUCCUAAUGUAUAAGAGUAUUUUUUUCUAAUGUAUAAUUAAUGGAAUUACAUUCUGAGGACAAAGAUAAAAGAAGUAUCUAAGAUCUACUACUAUUAUUUUUUUUAAUAAAUAUGAUCUUUUUCCUUUGAAAGGAAAGGGAAGCAAAGUAUUUUCCAAACAGAAGCAUCAAAAACUAUUUAGAAGAAAAAACAUAAGCAAUGGGUUUUUUUAAAUACUCUGGAGUUUUCUGAACAACACUGAUGUACUCACAUUCUUAUCACAACUAUUUUCUUUUUUCUAUUGUAAGUGGAUAUUCAAGCUAAAUUGAUGCUUUAUGUAUAUCUUGUCUCAAUUUGUAAUGCUCUAUUCUCUGUAAAGAGAUAAUUUGAAAAAAAUACAAAAAAGAAGAAGUGAUACCACUGACAACAAUUUACUUAAAUUCACAAACCUUGAAAUUGAUGCAUCUCCUAUCAAUCAUAGUCAGAAGCCACAGCAAAACAUAUCCAACAUUUGUAUAUCAAAACUGCGACUAAAAAAACCCUGUUUUGUUCAAUUUAAAUGUCCUUCAACAUGUUGUCAUUUUAUACACUGAUAUUGCUGUGGGAAUUUUACUAUGGGUUGGCUUUCUUCUGUCAAACAUGCAAGACAGUAACCUUGCAAAAUUAAAGUGCAUGCCAUUAUACUGCACAGAUGUUUGUUCUCACUCAGUUACUGACAAUGAAAUACUUAUUAAAUAAUAAUAAGGUGGUAUUGACUUCUCUAUUCUGUCGAUAUGGAGAUCUGUUGAUCUGUGAGGUUAAUAUUGAUGAGGCAGAGUGAGGUAAACAUUUCAUCAGGAGGGCAAAUAAAUUCCAAUACUGGCAUAAAAAUACCCCCCUCCCCAACUUUGCACAUUAACAGAAACUAAUCCUUUUUUUGUAUUGGUGUAUGAGCACCGAUUCAACCUAUCAGCAUGAGCAUGCUACUGCUGAGGUAAAUCCUGGAUGUUACUUUCAGGAAAUAUAUUUCAAAAGUGUCUGUCAUAGGUAUUUAGGACUAAACUCAAAUGAUGCCAAGCACUUAGGUUCUUCAGUCAUUCUGCACAUUCUCUUGCGAGUGGUACAUUUCCUUUCAGUAUUACUGUGAGGCUCCACGUGCAACCUCAAUAAAGAGACUUCUGUUUGAGUCAGAGAAAUGAGAGAAAUGCUUUUUUUUUUUUCCUUAAUAGGAUGAGCUCUCUGUCAAAAUAUUAUUUUUAUUUGUUGUUUCAUCAAAACAUCACUGGAAGUUCCCUCUCUUUACCCUCUGCCACAGAACACAAUAUUGUACACAUUUUGAACAAUACAAAGAGCCAUUUAACUUGAUGGCUCUGGCAGAAGAAGCUACUUUCUUAUUCAUUAUUAUCUUUAGAUUUUCCUUCAUUCUCUUUAAGGGAAGCUUAGAGCUGCUCUUUAUAGAAGAAUAUUCCAUCAGUCAGGUAGGUCUCAUACUUUGACAGCAUUAUUUCAGCUUAUUAUUUUUAAUGUAUGGUACUUAAACAUGUACAGAGAACCCAUGUAACUUGCUUCUGGGCUUUUGGAUAGAAAUUAAAAUGAUGU